CAUCGCCCACAUCGCCUACCGCAUUGUUUACAUAUUGGCCCCUCCUAUUAACACGAUCUCCUAUAUCUCUCCCCGAUCGCCGUCUCUAUCUUGUAUCUGCUCUUGUGUUUUUCAUUUUUUUAAGAUUCAUUUAUUUAUUUUCUUUGAAUAACACUGAGAAAAUAAUAAACGGAGCUUAAUUAAGAUAUUUCUAUCCAUUCUUGUGAUAGAUCAAUAAGGCUUCAGUUUUCCUCAGCUGAUCCAGAUCUUAGCUUUUGACGAUGGCGGCACCAGCAGCUGGUGGCUCUGGAUGGUACAAAGGGAGAGUGAAAGCAGUUCCAUCGGGUGAUAGCUUGGUGGUAACGGCUUUGACCACUAACAGGCCUGGACCUCCGCCUGAGAAAACCAUUACCUUGGCAUCUCUCAUUGCUCCUAGACUGGCCCGUAGAGGAGGUGUUGAUGAGCCAUUUGCCUGGGACAGCAGAGAUUAUUUAAGGAAGCUCUGCAUUGGAAAAGAAGUCACUUUUAGAGUUGAAUACACAGUACCGAGCAUAGGCCGAGAAUUUGGGUCUGUUUAUCUUGAUGGUGACAAAAAUGUGGCAAUGCUUGUUGUCUCUGGAGGCUGGGCAAAGGUUAGGGAACAAGGACAGCAGAAAGGGGAAGCGAGUCCUUUUCUUGCUGAAUUGCUACGUCUUGAAGAACAAGCCAAACAAGAAGGUUUGGGCCGAUGGAGCAAGGUGCCUGGCGCUGCGGAGGCUUCUAUACGUAAUUUACCUCCAUCUGCCAUUGGCGACCCAAGUAACUUGGAUGCCAUGGGUCUUCUAGAAGCAAAUAAGGGCAGGCCAAUGCAAGGUAUUGUUGAGCAGGUUCGCGAUGGCAGUACUGUUCGAGUCUAUUUACUUCCAGAUUUUCAGUUUGUGCAAGUCUUUGUUGCUGGCAUCCAGGCCCCAUCAAUGGGUAGAAGGGCUGCUGCCGAAACUGUUGUUGAAACAGAUUUUACUUCAGAUGAACAAAAUGGAGAUGUUUCAGCUGUGCCGGUUGCCUUAACAUCUGCACAGAGGCUUGCUGCCUUGUCGACAGCUUCUGCUGAAGUUUCCCCUGAUCCCUUUGGACCUGAAGCAAAAUAUUUUACAGAAGUUCGCUGUCUGAACAGAGAAGUACGUAUUGUCCUUGAAGGUGUUGACAAAUUCAGCAAUUUGAUCGGGUCAGUUUAUUAUCCUGAAGGUGAUACAGCGAAAGACCUCGCUAUGGAGCUUGUGGAAAAUGGUCUAGCAAAAUAUGUUGAAUGGAGUGCUAAUAUGAUGGAGGAUGAUAACAAGAGACGGUUGAAGUCUGCAGAACUUCAAGCCAAGAAGGCUCGGCUGAGGAUGUGGACAAACUAUGUACCACCAGCUACAAACUCCAAGGCAAUUCGUGAUCAAAAUUUCACAGGAAAGGUUGUGGAGGUUGUUAGUGGGGACUGCAUUGUUGUGGCUGAUGAUUCUAUCCCUUAUGGAAGUCCUCUUGCCGAGCGCCGAGUAAAUCUUUCAAGCAUUAGAUGUCCAAAAAUGGGCAAUCCUCGUAGAGAUGAAAAGCCAGCUGCUUAUGCCCGUGAAGCCAGAGAGUUUUUAAGAACACGCCUUAUUGGAAAACAGGUUACCGUACAAAUGGAAUAUACCAGGAAGGUCACCAUGGCAGAUGGAGCUGCAGCUGCUGCUGCUGCACCUGGAGAUUCAAGGGUAAUGGAUUUUGGCUCAGUCUUCCUUAUGUCUCCUAUCAAGGGUGAUGGUGAUGAGGUUGUUGUAGUAACUCCAUCCACAGCGGGCAACCAGCAGCCUGGCUUGAAUGUGGCAGAGUUGGUGAUUGGGCGCGGCUUUGGCACUGUUAUAAGACAUAGAGAUUUUGAGGAAAGAUCAAACUAUUACGAUGCCCUUCUGUCUGCUGAAUCCCGUGCUAUUUCUGGAAAGAAAGGCCUUCAUUCUGCGAAGGAUCCUCCAGUAAUGCACAUACAAGACCUUACAAUGGCAUCAGCCAAGAAAGCUAGAGAUUUCCUGCCAUUCUUGAAUCGGGGCAGGAUUCCAUCUGUUGUGGAAUAUGUCCUAAGUGGUCAUCGUUUUAAGUUGCUGAUCCCGAAGGAAACUUGUAGUGUUGCCUUUUCAUUCUCUGGUGUCAGGUGUCCUGGUCGUGAGGAGCCCUACUCAGAUGAAGCCAUAGCACUGAUGAGACGAAAGAUCAUGCAGAGAGAUGUUGUGGUUGAAAUUGAAACUGUCGAUAGAACCGGAACAUUUUUGGGAUCUUUGUGGGAGUCGAAAACCAAUAUGGCUGUGACGCUCCUUGAGGCUGGCUUGGCUAAGCUGCAAACUUCAUUUGGAAACGAUAGAAUUCCCGAUGCUCAUCUUCUUGAGCAGGCUGAGCAAUCUGCCAAGAGGCAGAAGCUUAAAAUUUGGGAGAACUAUGUUGAAGGAGAGGAAGUCUCCAACGGACAAGCCGCUGUCGAACGCAAACAAAAAGAACUGUUACAGGUGGUUGUUACAGAAGUAUUGGGUGGUGGAAAAUUUUAUGUCCAGACAGUGGGAGAUCAGAGAGUAUCAGCUAUUCAAAAACAGCUUGCAUCCUUAAAUAUUCAAGAACCUCCUCUGAUUGGUUCUUUUAAUCCUAAGAAGGGUGACAUUGUCCUCGCUCAGUUUAGCAUGGAUGAUUCCUGGAAUCGUGCAAUGAUUGUCAAUGCACCUCGAGGAGGAGUUCAAUCUCCAAAUGACAAGUUUGAAGUGUUUUAUAUUGAUUAUGGGAAUCAAGAGGAGGUCCCAUACAGUCAAUUACGACCCCUUGAUCCUUCAGUAGCAGCAUCUCCUGGGCUUGCUCAGUUGUGCAGUCUUGCAUUUCUCAAAGUUCCAAGCCUCGAUGAUGAGUUUGGUACUGAGGCCGCUCAGUUUUUGAGCGAGCAGACAUUGGGGAGCUCGCUGCCGUUUACUGCUAUGAUAGAAGAAAGGGAUGUUUCUGGUGGUAAAGUCAAGGGACAAGGGACUGGCACCGUCCUCAUUGUAACUCUCGUUGCUGAGAAGUCGGACCUUAGCAUUAAUGCCGCAAUACUACAGGAGGGACUAGCUAGGCUAGAAAAAAGGAAGAGAUCGGAAUCCAGGGACAGAAAAUCGGUGAUCGACAAUUUAGAGAACUUCCAGAAGGAGGCAAAAACUGCUAGGCGCGGGAUUUGGCAGUAUGGAGAUGUGGGGUCGGAUGAUGAUGAAGAUCUCCCUCCACUUUCUGCAGCCGUUGCUAAGAAGACCGGGGCUGCCAAGCGAUAAAAUAUAUUUUAUCGCUUCAGGUAAACCCAAAAAGAAUACACUUGGGACUACCCCAAUUGAGUUCUUUUAGUUAUAGGUAGUAGUAGUAGUAGUUAAAGAAUAUCUAGAAGAGAUUCUCAACGUAAAAUUGCUUAAAUGUUGACUUUUUUUGGUAGCGGGGUUGACAUUUGUUUUAAACAUGUUUAAAUAAGGUGAACUGUCGCGUUUCUGUUCUGUUUCCAUGCGAGGGAGACAUUAGACAAUUUUUCCCACCGUUAAGAAGAGUUACUUUAUGG